AUGUAUGAUGAAAAGCACCUUCCUGACUGUCGGACGAUCAUCAUUCAACGCCGCCGCCAUUUUAAUCCCAAAAUAAAUCCCAACAAGUCCCCCACACCAAGCGUGGUCUCUAAUAAAAACAAAAGUCUGUGCCGCAGGGGCAAAAUUCAGCUGAAAAAUACCCCCCUGAAACGGCAAGAUCCUGCCACCUCCCCUGUCGUCAAAAUCAAGGCAGUAAAGAGUGACUCCGGCCCCAGACCAGGAGUGAAGAAACUCGAGUGCAGCGGGAUGGGGAGGAGAAAUGGUGUGCUAAUUGACAAACUCCAGCUGAUGGAAACCCAAGGGGAAACAAAUGGGGACUUACUUUCAUCCAGAGGCAGGGUUACUCGCUCCAGUGACGCCGUAAAUAACGUUAGGUUUGGAAAGACGUUCCAGAACACAGAACACUCGGUGAAUGUCACACACGCAAUGAAGAGAUACACGUUACCCGUACGGUCCACAACUAUUAUAACAAAGACCUUCUCCCCUUCCAAUAUAACUCAAUCUAAGAGCGGUAUAAUCACGCUCAAGCCUGGCAAACCAAACUACACAACAACGCCUCUAGGAAUCUCCGGUUCCGCAAAAAACUCAGUGGUUACUGCAGUUUCUAAACGAAACACAAUAAAGGCUUCUGGGACUACAAAAAAUCCUAUCGUGACUUGCAAUCAGGAUGAAAAUGAAUCUUUGGACACUAGAAUACUAGAGAUUAGUCCUCUCUUGAGUAACAUCGACGAUGAAGCUAUGGAUGAAUGUCCAACUGUUGAACUCAUCAAGAAUGAACACGAGCACGAUGAUUUCGGUCGAUUUUGUGACAGCACUUCUACCCGCCCAGGCGUCCGCGCAGUUCAAAAUAAUUCUCCUACGUGCACGAGAUCUACAGCCAAACGAAGCAUAGAAUCGGUAUCAGAAACAUCAGAAUACGAGCAUCAGGCAAAAAGAACUGCUUCUUCUUCCGGCAUCGCAAUAAAAUGCGUUGCUGUGAGCAGUAAAAGCAAAUGGACUCCUGCCACCAGCAGCCCGUCACACAGAACCCUUGCGUCAUCAGCUGUACCUGCUACCAAUGACAUCAGUGUAGCGAACUAUCCACAGUCGAAGCCCUUGAAAACUUCUUCUUGUAACUUUAAACCCUCUUUGCAAAUGGGUCAAGAUUCGAAGCCCACAAAGGAAAUAAAAGUAGCAAACUUCACCAACCAGAAUUCAGAGAAGGCCCAACGAACUCCCCCUGCCAGCCCAGCCGCCAAGUCGAUGGCCCAUAACGAUGAUCUGACGUCGUUGUCAUGGCUGCACUCGCUGGAUAUGGUGGGUAUGGUGCCCCAUUUAUCCACCCCACCCACCCCACCGGCUUCCCCACCCCUUGGGUCAUCUAAUGCCUCCUCCAAAGACGCUAAACGAAAGGUCAAACAAAACGAAGUAGUGGAGGAAGUACAACGGGCAGACCCAAUCGAUUACGCCAAAGACGGGUCGGUCAAACCCCCUUUUAGCUAUGCCUCGCUCAUAUGCAUGGCCAUGAAGGAAAACGCUAACAAAAUGACGCUCUCUGCCAUUUAUGAAUGGAUCAGGAAACACUACGUCUACUACAAGACUGCCGACCCUUCGUGGCAGAACUCGAUUCGACACAACCUGUCUCUGAACAAGAGCUUCCUGAAAGUGCCGAGGUCCAAGGACGAGCCAGGCAAGGGGGGCUUCUGGUGCCUCGACCCUGUCUUUAGCGAGUCGCUGAGUGAUGGAACCUUCAAGAAACGGAGACCCAACAAACCCACCUCCCCUCCUAUCACUAAAAACAAGAAGAACAACAGUCAAAUUCAGAAGCAGGUGGUAAAUGUGACUACCACUCAUGGUAGCGGUGGUGUGGUACAACCACAACCACAGUACGCACUGGCGUCUAGAGACGGGUUCGCCACUAGCUGCCAAACCACCCUAGAUGCACUAGGUCCGUUGGACGGUAGUAAGGUCAUCAUCCACCACCCUAUGCCCUACCUGCCACCACCUCCCCCUGCCGCUGAUGAAUCCAACAACGAUGGGGCAUACUACCAUGAUGAAGUUAUCAGCGAGCGGACUCUAACGUUGGAGGAGGUCACCAACGACACACUGAGAGAUGACUUUGCCUGGCGUCUACUUUUGGACGACAACCAACAGGAAGGUUGGGCGAUGAGCCGAACCCAGGAGCUGGUGACUGACCUAACCCACUCUGGAGACCCUUCUACUUACCUAACUACUCCCACUUCCACCGAUUUGGCCCCUUCCCCCUCAAACUACAUGACACAGCAGUCAUCCGAUUCUAGCAUGGGACAGCCAACAACUUACCUCACUCCAUCUACAUCCAGCUACCUACCAUCUUCAUCAUCAGAUGAAAUGGGAGCCACAAACUUAAGUUAUUCCCUCUCAACCUCUGGCUCCCCAGAUGGUCAUUCCAAUUCUCUAGGUCUCCUGUCUGGCUCUCUAACAACAGAUUACGGACAUUUCAGUUCCGGUGGUCAUACAAGCCAACAAUACCAACAACUUCCAAGCAUCGAGAGCAUUCAUCAAAGGUCAAGUCACAACCAAAUCCUUUUCCAUUCCCUAGAUAUGAGUCCAUCGUCAACCAAACUCGGCGAAGAAUUUUUCGCUACUCCGGAGUACUCAGAGGCAUCCAACGAUGGUGGAGAUGAGUUCUCAUCACUUGAUCUCAGUCAAGAAAUGCCCCAGGCCUUGCAGCCAGUAACCACUUCCUCCACACAUUCAACUUGGCAUUCACAGUAUCAAGGGGAAGAUGUAAACAGUUCUUCAUCCGUUAUAAACUUUUUGGAUCAAAUUCAGAGUGAAACUCCGGAAGGUAAAGUCUUCAGCCCCUCUCAACACCAACAACCUCUCCAUCUACAUUCCCAAGCCAUAGGGGAUGACAACCUCCUGUCCCCAGGGUCAACUGAAGAUCAGAAGUUCAUGAGUCUUCCUUCUAUGAGCAGUUUUAGGGUCACUGAAGGGCCUCUUCUUGGUCUAACGCCCCUGGAACCUGUGGCAACUUCGGUGAUCGUUCAGGACGCGCAUGCGCACUGCUGGGGCGAUGACUACCCUUGGGAUGAGAGCAAGACUUUGUCUAUGCUCGAUGCCAAUUUUGACUUCGAAAAUCUCAUAGGACUUGAUGCUUAGUUCUGUUAUUGGCGUUAUCGGUAUAGGAAUAUGGGGCGUCAAAAAAUUGGUCAUCAGUUCCCCUAAUAAUACUUGGAUUAUCCAAAUGAGCUGAAUUGACGGAUUUAAUUGUUAUUUAAGACUAUUCGAUGCCGCGAAAUUGUCAUACCUCCUGUACUUGCAUUAUAUGUGACUAUUGGCUUACUGGUUUAAACCGUUUGGAUAUGAAUUAAUAAAUGCAAUGUACGAUACAAGCGGUAGGGUUGGAGGUCCAGCUCACAAUGUGAGCUGGACGUUUGGUGGAGAAGUUUCAAAUUACAUACUCUUGAUAUUUCAAUACGAAUGAUGAUAAUGUUUCGACGUACACCAUAAUGGUGCUUUAACUUGCAUUAUGUUUGUGUUUCAACAAGCGCGAAGAUAUAUGUCUAAGUGCAGAUAUUAAUGUAAACAUAGAGGAAGGUUGAUGAUUUGAUUCUUGCUUAAGUAAAAUGUUGAGUUAACUUAGUUGGAGGUGUGCUAGUGUCC